UAUGUAAGUGUUUUGAUGCAGGGACUUGAGCGUUGUGCCUGCCUGCAGAGAACUCCCUUGCGCGCACAGGUCGAGCGGUGGGGAGCCGCAUGCUAUGGGCGAGCAGGGCAGGCGUGGCCCACGAAGGGCCUAAACAUUUGGGAGACAUUCACAUUCCAGGAAGCAGAUUUGAUUGAAAGACUUGAUGAUUUGGAUCUCAGAAACGAUUUAGAUGUUCCGGAUGUUCCUCCAUCAGUAGACAGCACUCCAGAAAUCCUCAGAAGGGCUUUGUCAGGCUUGUCUGCCAGAUGGAAGAACUGGUGGAUUCGUGGGAUUCUAACUCUAGCUAUGAUUUCUUUUUUUUUUCUGAUAAUAUACAUGGGAUCUUUCAUGCUAAUGCUUCUGGUCUUGAGCAUCCAAGUGAAGUGUUUCCAUGAGAUCAUUACUAUAGGUUACAGAGUCUAUCACUCCUAUGAUUUACCAUGGUUUAGAUCCCUCAGCUGGUACUUUUUGCUGUGUGUCAACUACUUUUUUUACGGGGAAACUGUGGCUGAUUACUUCGGUACAUUUGUUCAGAGAAGAGAACAGCUUCAGUUCCUAAUUCGUUACCACAGGUUUAUAUCUUUUGCACUCUAUCUGGCAGGCUUCUGCAUGUUUGUUCUGAGCUUAGUGAAGAAACACUACCGUCUGCAGUUUUACAUGUUCGCAUGGACUCAUGUCACUUUGCUGAUCACUGUAACUCAAUCUCAUCUAGUCAUCCAAAAUCUCUUUGAAGGCAUGAUCUGGUUUCUGGUGCCCAUUUCAAGUGUGAUCUGCAAUGAUAUUGCCGCUUACAUCUUUGGAUUCUUCUUUGGCAGAACUCCAUUAAUUAAGCUGUCUCCCAAAAAGACCUGGGAAGGGUUCAUUGGAGGUGGCAUCUCCACAGUUGUUUUUGGAUUUAUUUUUUCCUAUUUCUUGGCUCAGCAUCAAUACUUUGUCUGCCCAGUGGAAUAUAAGAGUGAAACCAAUAGGUUUGUGACAGAGUGUGAACCUUCGGAGCUCUUCCAGAUGAAGAAGUAUUCAGUGCCGCUAUUGCUUCGGGCUGUGUUGGGAUGGGAAACGGUGAAUAUGUACCCAUUCCAGAUGCACAGCAUUGCCCUGUCAACAUUUGCAUCCCUAAUUGGGCCAUUUGGAGGAUUCUUCGCCAGUGGAUUUAAAAGAGCUUUCAAAAUCAAGGAUUUUGCAGACACAAUCCCUGGGCACGGUGGCAUAAUGGAUCGCUUUGAUUGUCAGUACUUGAUGGCCACUUUUGUUCAUGUCUACAUCACCAGUUUCAUAAGAGGUCCAAAUCCCAGCAAACUACUGAAGCAGCUGUUGGUCCUUCAGCCAGAGCAACAACUAAAUGUGUAUAAAACCCUGAAAUCUCAUCUUGUUGAAAAAGGGAUCCUGCAGCCAUCUUUGAGAGGAUAGUCUGUCAAAAUGAAGCACAAUAUGAAAACUCUGUUUAGAAGCUGUCUGCAGAAAAACACUAUGAAUGUGCACAAAGAUAGUACCCGAAGGAAGAAUACUUCACGGUCUGAAAGAGGUGAAUGCUUCUUUCCUGAAAGGAACAUGAAUGCUGUGACUUUCUAGGAGGAAACAGAAGAUCUGUUACUCCUAAAAUAAUUAAACGGCUUGCAAAGUAACAGUACAUAUGUUAUGUAUUUUAUUUCCUGCAGUGGAUGGUAGCAGGCCUUCCUCAGCACCCAGCCUGACAAGAUUUGUAUUUUAAAAAGCUAGCCUUCCUUUUAAAAUUGUCCUGGAUGAGAACAGGAAGACCACACUCAAAAUAAGCUAUAUAUCCAGCAAAUUUUAUUGUAAAUUUUAAAUUCACUGGUUGUUUUUGAUGACUUCUUUAAUAUUGCAUGCUUUAGCAAUACUUUUUUAGUGUUAAGUGGUUGCUGAAGUGAAAACAUAGGUGAGGCUGGCAGUUGAUCCUUUAUCUAGACAGGUGCUGAAGUCACAAUUGGCCAGAAAAUACACCUUUUUGCCUUUUCAAAACAGUCCUUGCAGACUGCACUAUGAGGCUUCCUGUAUUUACUAAGUCACUACAAAGGUUAAACUUAACUGUGUUUUUAACUAAUCAGCUUUUUUACAAAACUAUUUCUUCCUUUCAAAAGGGAAGUAUCUUUACUGAAGUACAGCUGAGCUGAUUGGGCUGCAGAACUGCUUUUUUUUUUUUUUUUUUUUUUUUUUUUUUUCCAAUUAAUGUUAUGGAUUAUAAACGAGUGUAUAAAUCCAGGACUAACAAUUACCUAACAAUGGAAUUCUUUAACUGUGUAAACAGAGUGAGAUGAAUUUGGAGUUUAAGAUCUUGGUUUCCAGAGGAUGGUCUGUGCCUGAAGACAUAAUUUCAAGCCUUAUUCCUUGUGCCUCUUUACUACUCUGUAAAAUGGGGAUUUUUUCUCCCUUUUAAAAGCACUUUGAAGUCCUGUUUUAUUAAUAUGUUACUGAGUGAAGACACAAACUUUUAUCUCAUGGAUGUGCAUGGUGCAAGACAGGAUGAUGCAUGGUUAUUCUUUUGCAUGUUACUAUUUACCAAGAAUCAUCAAGCAAGCCUGCGCAACACCAUAGGAAUUUGAAUGGAGAAUUUUUAAAGGAAGCAGUUAUUCUGUAGACUUGAUGGGACAGAUGAGGAAAGCUGAUACUCUGCAUUUCUCAGUCCUAGUUGUUUCCUAACUUAUUUUAUCACAUGAUAAGUCUUAAUGCAAUUUUUUUUUUUUUUUUUUGAGACAAUGAAAAUGAUUCCUUUAUAAACAAAAAGCACAAGUGCCAAUUUGGUUUUGGUAUACUGUAAUUUGACUCAAUAUCAUUUUUCAACCAACUGUAAAUAAGUUUCUAAUGCAGUGAACAUACUAAUGCUACAUGUGUCUGUAUGUGUGUAUAUGUAUAUAUAGCAUUAAUAGAUGUGUGUAUAUAUACAUAUAUAUAUAUAUAUUAAAGGUGAAAAUUUAAUUGGUUGGUGGUACCUGAGGAUAAAAUCAUGGAGAAAAUAACUAGGAUUCAUGAUAGGCUCUAUCUGUAAUUUUGAGACUGGUUCUGUUGAAUAUAAUGCAUAUGAAUGCAUCGCACGCUCUAUUUUGCACUUAGGCCACAGUACCAUCUGUACAGCAUGUGUGUGGAGAAAGACUCCUGCACAUGGCUGUGAAAUGGAAAUCUGGCUGUAGAGUAAUACCUGCUGAUGUCAGGUGUAUGACAGAAGUAAAUUUUUUACGGCACUUCCUACGGCUGACCUGGAGGCAGUAGGACUAUGUUGAAGGAACACUCUGAAACAGGUCAGCUCUUAAAAAUGUUGUAAGCUGCUUGUCCGUCAGUGACCAAGUCACUUGGGCUGUUAAUUGGAAGGGACUGCAUUUUGUCCCUUCCACCAGAAGGGAAGCAUAGCUGGAGGUUAAAAGAUGGCAUAGACAGGAAGGAUAACAUGUGGAAAGGUGCUUGAAGAAGAAGGGAGAGGUAAAGCAUGUGUGCAUCAGUGAGGAUGACCCAAGUAGCAUACCUUGAAAAUAAACUUGUCGAUGAGGCUUUGGUUGUGCACGGCGCUCUCGGAAUUGCUUAUGAAAAAAACACAGCUUUAUUGGAGCCGGUAUAUCUUUAUCCUGUGUUUAAAUAGUAAUUUUUUUUUUAAAAAAAAGAGAGAGAGAAUAUAGGUAUUUGUUGCUUCUAAAACUUGAACUUUCUAGUGUAAUUUUAUAGCAUGUGUAAUAAGGAAGUUAAGCUGAUUUGAGCAUUUAUUACAACAGACCAUUUGAAAUCUGUUAUCUUUUUGCACAGUAGAAGGUACAACAUAGCAAUUCUGCUGUUCAAUAUUAAAAUGAAGAAGGGAUGACUUCUGAACUCAUGCAUCGCUUUUUGUAGAAAGAAUAAUAGCAUUCUGCUGGCUUAGGCUUUGUAAAUACAACUCAGCAGGAACUGUCACUGUGAAGUGACAACUACAUUUGUUUGCUACAAAACAUGUUUAUCCCAGGUGUUACUUUUGCUAGUCCAAGCACUACAACAUGAUCAACAGGAUGGUUUAACUUUUGCACCACUGAUUCUUUUCACUUGUACUUCUGUUACUAGUUGCUGUAAUUACCUAUUGAGUAAAAAAAUGUAUAUUUGUAAAUACUGUAAAUGUUUUGAGCAUAUAAUGUCUGUUUUAGUUUGUUGAAUCUUUCAUUGAAGCAGGCAUUGUAAAAAUAAAACUGAAAUAUAAAUCCUC